ACCUGAUAUUUUUAAUCCACCUUGAACGUACACGAUCGCACACACCACGAUAUUUCGCCGGAAAAUUACAGAAUUUGUGUGCUGCUGCGUGCCACUUCUAUCUAUGAUUUAUCUCGUUCGUUCAAUUAUUUGACCAACUCCGAGCUGCUGCAAGAGCGUGCAAGAUGAGUACGAUUCUGGAAAAGAUUGCUCAAAUCGAGUCGGAGAUGGCUCGUACCCAACGUAACAAGGCUACGGCGGGACAUUUGGGCUUGCUGAAGGCACGGUUGGCCAAGCUGCGGCGCGAGCUCAUCACUCCCAAGGGUGGCGGCGGUGCAUCGGAACAGGGUUUCGAAGUUUCCAAAACCGGUGACGCCCGGGUCGGCUUUGUUGGGUUUCCCUCGGUGGGCAAAUCGACCCUGCUGUCCAAUCUGGCCGGUGUCUACUCGGAGGUGGCUGCAUACGAGUUCACCACGCUGACGACCGUGCCGGGCUGUAUCAAGUACAAGGGCGCCAAGAUACAGCUGCUGGAUUUGCCCGGAAUCAUCGAAGGUGCGAAGGAUGGUAAGGGUCGCGGUCGGCAGGUAAUUGCGGUGGCACGUACCUGCAAUCUGAUUUUCAUGGUGCUGGACGUGCUGAAACCGCUCACGCACAAGAAGCUGCUCGAGCACGAGUUGGAAGGGUUCGGGCUGCGGCUGAACAAGCAGCCGCCGAACAUUUCCUACCGCCGGAAGGACAAGGGCGGAGUGAACCUGAACGCCACCGUAGCACAGUCGGAGCUGGACCUGGACACGGUGAAGACGAUUCUGGGCGAGUACAAGAUUCAUAAUGCGGACAUUACGCUGAAGUACGAUGCGACGGCGGACGAUCUGAUCGACGUGAUCGAGGGCAACCGCAUUUACAUCCCGUGCAUCUAUCUGCUGAACAAGAUCGAUCAGAUUUCGAUCGAGGAGCUGGACGUCAUCUAUAAAAUCCCGCACUGCGUACCAAUCUCUGCCCAUCACCACUGGAACUUUGACGAUUUGCUCGAUAUGAUGUGGCAGUAUCUGAAGCUGGUGCGAAUCUAUACCAAACCGAAGGGCCAGCUGCCGGACUACAGCUCACCGAUUGUGCUGCACCACGAGCAUACUACCGUGGAAAGUUUCUGUAACAAGCUUCACCGAACGAUUGCGAAAGAAUUUAAAUAUGCACUUGUGUGGGGUUCGUCCGUCAAGCAUCAACCGCAAAAGGUCGGUAUCGAUCACGUGCUGAACGAUGAGGAUGUGGUGCAGAUUGUAAAGAAGGUUUAAGGCAGCUGAUAUAUCGUGUUGAAAAUGGGGCAAUCAGCAGACGACACACCAUCCCCGACUGUCCGUCGAUCGGUUUGAAAAAAAACAAAAGAACGUGCGCAAAUAAUUAUGAACGUUGAUCGCUUUAA